AUGCUUAUUACAAUGAUCUUGUUCACUUUUGUGAGAGAUGCUGCACCUCACCCGCAGUGUUUGGACUUCCAACCUCCAUUUAAACCUCCAUACCACCUGGAAUUCUGCAAGGACUAUGAGAAAUUUGGCUGCUGCGAUCAGACCACAGACAAUAUCAUCGCUGAGAGGUACUGGGACAUCAUGGACUUUUAUGACAUUCGGGAAUAUGAACUCUGUGGUGAACUCGUCAAAGAAAUAUUGUGCCAGGAGUGCUCUCCUUAUGCUGCUCACCUGUUUGAUGCAGAGGACCCGUACACACCGAUGAGACUCCUCCCCGGCCUCUGCUCCGACUACUGCUCCGAGUUCCACAGGAAGUGCGGCUCGGUGGUGAAGCACCUAACCGACGACCCGGGUCUGUGGGACACCUGCGAGAACGACCCCUCCAAGUUCUGCCGCUUGCUCGACCUGGCCGACCAGGACUACUGCUACCCCAACGUCCUCCGGAAUUCGCUGCUCAACCGCGACCUGGGCCACGUGGUGGAGGACCGCAGGGGCUGCCUGCAGCUGUGUCUGAUGGAGGUGGCUAACGGCCUGCGCAACCCCGUUCUACUUCUUCACGCCGGCGACGACACCGGCCGCAUGUUCGUGGCCGAGCAGGUGGGCUUCGUCUGGGUGUACUUGCCAGACGGCAGCCGGCUGGAGGAGCCCUUCCUGGACCUGAGUGGAGAGGUGCUGACCACGGGCCGGCUCGGGGACGAGAGGGGCUUCCUGGGGAUGGCCUUCCACCCGCACUACCGUGACAACGGCCGCUUCUUCGUGUAUUACUCCGUGCUGGCAGGGGAGAUGGUGGAGAAAGUCCGGAUCAGUGAGAUGAGGGUCUCUGUGCAUGACAUGAACAAGGCUGACCCGCUGUCUGAGAGGCUAAUUUUUGAAAUUGAAGAGCCAGCAGCUAAUCACAAUGGAGGUCAGCUGCUGUUUGGUUUGGACGACUACCUUUACAUCUUUACUGGUGAUGGUGGAAGGGCUGGGGAUCCCUUUGGGAAGUUUGGAAAUGCUCAGAACAAGAGCGCCCUCUUAGGGAAGGUCCUGCGCAUUGACGUGAAUGGGAGCAGCAGGGACGGAAAGCCAUACCGAAUCCCUCAGGACAACCCAUUCCUAUUGGAUUCUGGUGCGAGGCCGGAGGUGUACGCCUAUGGGAUGAGGAACCCGUGGCGCUGUUCGGUGGACCGGGGAGACCCAGUCAGCCAGCAUGGCAAAGGGAGGAUCUUCUGUGGGGACGUGGGCCAGAACCGCUAUGAGGAGAUUGACAUCAUCGAGAGGGGAGGAAACUACGGUUGGAGAGCCAAGGAAGGGUUUGAGUGUUUCGACGUCAAGUUGUGCCACAACUCCUUACUGAGAGACAUUCUUCCCAUUUUUGCAUAUGACCAUCACGUGGGGAAGUCAGUGACCGGGGGCUAUGUUUACAGAGGAUGUGAAUCACCCAAUUUGAAUGGCUUGUAUCUGUUUGGAGACUUUAUGAGCGGUCGGCUCAUGGCAUUGCAGGAGGACAGGGAGUCAGGGAGCUGGAGUGAGAGGAGUGUGUGUAUGGGAAACACAGCCACCUGCGCCUUCCCUGGGCUCAUCAACCACCACCACAAAUUCAUCAUCUCCUUCGCUGAAGACCAAGCAGGAGAACUAUACUUUUUGGCGACUUCAUACCCUGGUUCAAUGUCUCCUUUUGGAACCAUCUACAAAUUUGUGGACCCCUCCAGGAGAGCUCCGCCAGGGAAGUGCAGGAUUAAAACAUUUCUUGUGAAAGUGAAGGGGAAACGGGUCCCCUUUGUACCCCAGGAACGGACCGUGUUAGGGUUGAAUGAAAAACCUACAAGGCCUCCAUUCAAAAAGGUUAAAUUUACCACUGAACCACCAGCAACAAGUACCACUAAACCACCAGCAACAACCAAGGUCUUACCCAUGACACUGCCCACAGAGACAGAAACAAUAACAAUGGAACCAACACAACAGCCAAUCAGACAUGAGGAGGCUUUAAAAAACAAACCCUGCCCAAAAUCUCCAACAGUAAAAUUUCAGAAGAAAAGAGUGAAGGAAAGAAAGGAGAAGAAGAACAACAGACAGAAAGGAAGGAAUAGUGUGAAAAAGACCACCCUCAAGAAAGUUCAUGUGAACAAAACCAGUCCCUUGGGAGGAGUCAGUGUGUGUGAAUCCACUCCCUUUAUAGGACUUAGUAUUAAUAAGACCACCCAUAUGGAAGGAAAUUCUUUGAACAAGACCACUGCAUUGGGAGGAGUAAAUGUGAACAAGACAACCCUGAGGAAAGGAAUUCAUGUGAAUUCCUUGGGCGGAGAUAGCAUGUACAACUCCACUUCCUUGAUGGUAGUUACUGUGAACAAGACCACCUCCAUGGAUGGAAGUGGAAUGAUCUUGGAAGGAGUUCGUUUGAACAAGACCACUCCUUUGGAAGGGCUUGGUGUAAACAUGACCGUGGAUGCACUCACAACAAACAAGCAGGACAGAAGUCUGGAACCUAAAGGAAUGGACAUGGGAAAAAACAGCACCAACAACCCACACAAUGUAACAUGGAAUGGGAGCUUGCGGAGGGACAGGGGCCGGCGCAGGGCUGGGAGAUUAUGAGAGAAGAAAUCACAAGAAUAGCCAGCAUUGACUAGUAUAAAAUUUGCACCCUGAAAGUUAUUGUUUUUUUGUGAUCCUUACACCCAGAGACAGCAUUUCCACUGGUCUUUGGGACAUCAUCACACCCAGGGAAACAGCUGGCUGAACUUUGUGUCAUCAUCAUAUCCAAGAAG